GUUUACAUUACCAUUUGGUAGCAUGUAUCUCUCUGACUGUAGUUUUGUUAUUAUGUAUUUGGUUAAAUAAAAAUUUGCAAGUCCCCUCCUCAGGCCAGAGCCCCACAACACUGGAUUCCAGCCACAUUCCCCGAAGUUCCAGGCGAUCCUGGGGAGAGCUUUACUGGUCGUUUGGGGGCAGUCUCAGUUACACUCACUUUCCUUUGCAAACUUCUUUCCUGAGAUGCCAGUAUUACUUGAAUUUUGUAUGUUCUGUCUUCAGCAUUGAUUCAUUCACUUCAUUCCUGUGCUUGGUAUUUGUUGAGUGUGUCAAGCAGUUGAUGUGGUGGCCAGAAAUGUGGCUAAAGGAGGGAGGAGGGCAGGCUGGUCCCGAAUAUUUUGCAAACAAGAUAAUUUAAUUCAAAGCCUUUCAUUUAUUGAGUAUAAUCAUGUACCUAAUUGUCAAGGUUUAGCUGCCCUCACCAGAGGAUAUCCUUUUUUUCAUCUAAGGCCAAGUUUUCCUCUAGCACUUCGUGUCUUGAAAUUAUGUACUCAUUACCCAACUCAGGCUUGGCUGCUGACCCCUGGAAAGACAAGUGUUGGUUGUAAAGAAAGGGUUGUUUUGUUCUGGAUGCUGGCAACCUGGGGAGGAGGACUCCCAGAACCAAGUCCCAAGUUUCUGCUUGGCCAGGAAAGUUUUUUAAGGGAGAAAGGGGAAGUUAAUUGCAGGUAAUCAUUUGGGGGGGGGUCAGAGUCUUAUUUUCCACUGUGGGCAGACUUUCCUUAGAUUGGUUGAUGGUGAGCUAAUAACGGCAGUAUUGCAAGACCCUCCUGCUCAGCCUGAAGUUACCAUCCUUCACCUGAGUGGAGGCCUUAGAUCCUGCGGAAGAAUUCCAGAAUAAGUUAUGUAUAUUUUCUGGACCUGGCACUAUUGUUUCUGGACUGUUCCUCCUUGGUUUCUGCAUUUCCUCCCUUCCCUGAUUAGCAAUUGUUUGAAUCUGCCCUUUGGAACUCAGGGAAGAUCUGGGAAGCAGAAUGAAGCCUACUUCCUGCAAACCAGAAGGAGCGGAUGUGGAAAGGAUUUGUACCCAGGAGGGCCCCGAAAGAUCCUGCUCAGUUUCAUACUCAUAAUAACCAAGUGCUGGGAAUUGGAAGUGGUUCUACAAUUGUCCAUGCUGUGCAGCGAAUAGCUGAAAGAGUGAAACAGGAGAAUCUGAACCUCAUCUGUAUCCCCACUUCCUUCCAGGCCCGUCAGCUCAUCCUGCAGCAUGGCUUAACUCUCAGUGACCUGGACCGACACCCAGAGAUUGACCUCGCCAUCGAUGGUGCUGAUGAAGUAGAUGCUGACCUCAAUCUCAUCAAGGGUGGUGGAGGCUGCCUGACCCAGGAGAAAAUUGUAGCUGGCAACGCCAGUCGCUUCAUCGUGAUCGCCGAUUUCAGGAAGGAUUCAAAGAACCUUGGGGACCAGUGGCACAAGGGAAUCCCCAUCGAGGUCAUCCCCAUGGCCUACGUCCCAGUGAGCCGCACUGUGACCCAGAAGUUUGGGGGCGUAAUUGAACUUCGAAUGGCCGUCAACAAGGCAGUAAGUGGCCAAGGAGUUUUCUGGAAGGCAUUCCAGGUUCUCAAGGGACCUGUGGUGACAGAUAAUGGAAAUUUUAUCCUGGACUGGAAGUUCGACCGGGUCCACAAAUGGAGUGAAGUGAACACAGCUAUCACCAUGAUCCCAGGCGUGGUGGACACGGGCCUGUUCAUCAACAUGGCUGAGAGAGUCUACUUCGGGAUGCAGGAUGGCUCAGUGAACAUGAGGGAGAAGCCUUUCUAAACCGAAGCUGCAGGAGCAGGGUGUGUCCACCCCACGUCCCCAGCCCACCGCCGAGGCACACCUGCCUCCCCAGGAGCCUUUGCCUUAACGUCUCUGUGCCAGGUGGACAGCUUGGCAGGGUGGGGGGUUGGAGGUUAAAUCUGGUCUUCUGAAGUAUUAUUAUUAAUUAUCUUUUUAAAGAGAGAAAUAUAAACAUAUAUAUUUUUACUAUUAAAAAUACUCAGUUUUUUUUAUAAAGUAGAACUUGAUUUCAUGUUUUAUAUGAGACAUUUACCAAAAAAAAGAAAGAAAAGAAAAAAAUGAAGGAGGACGACUAUCUUUUAAAAACCUUUUAACUUGAGCCUGCUGGUUAAGCUUCUGAAUAUCGGGACUGCUGAGAGAUGUAAAUCAGAUUUUUCUUUAAGCUGGUGCAGUGCAGGCCCAGCCAGCAGUGAUCCCCUGAGGCCUUACUGGAAACCUUGGAGUUUGUUUAUUUUUCUACCACACUGUUUUGUUUUUAGUUUUUUUGUGAUUACGCACAAUAUGUGGUUAAUGUGUUUGAAGAUGUGAAUUACGGAAGUCUGGUGAGAGUUGGGGUGGGUGUGUGGUGACUCAGAAUGUGUAAACCAUCGGGUAGAUGGGGGGUUCUUUGGCUGAGAUCAGGGGGUUCAUUCAGACCCCUGUUGGUGGAAGCCCUUGGCCAGAAAUACUUGCCAGUACUGCCAAAGCACUGCUGUGAAACACCUUUAAAUGAUUGUCUUUUGGUUGUUAAUAUUUUGUUGUUGUUGUUCCUUUAUUCUUACUUGCAUGAUUUGGCAUCAGAAUUUGUUACCUCUGUAUUGUUUGAGGGUUGAAAUAAAACAGUAUGGUGCCAUUUUGA